UUUGGGGGUUGAUGACGUAAAUAUGUUAUGUUAUUUAAUUGUGUCACUUUUUGAAUCAUAAAAAGCACCGACUGAUCAAUAUGCGAUCAGUGCCAGAAGGCGAUUUCAUCCAUUUGCGCGCACGCUCAGCACGUGUCCAUCCCUCCACGCUUUGACAGCGAAAAACUUUUUCUUUUUUUCCCCUGCCAGAUGGUUAAAAUUCAUUGUCGGCUGUCCAGCCAAUCAUGGAUUUUGACGACACAAAAGAGCUGGAGUAUAAAAAGGUGCGCGCUAAUAAAGUAUGAGUGGCUCAUUUAUCCACGCGCAGUGACAUCGCGGAUCAGAUCCACUCCCAACAAAGGAUCUUCGUUUUCUUCUUUGAAAAAAAAAGUCAAACAAGCAGAACAAACGUCACCCCUCAGAGACAAUGCAUCUGCCGCGGCUCCUGCUUUAUCUCAGCUUGUUGACCGCUUUGGGUCCAGUCGUCCUGAGUGGCCAGGAGACGCAGCAGCAGCAGCCGUCCGCCACCAGUGCCGCAGACGCGGAGCAGUGCGCAACCUGCGAAGUUCGGCAGCACAUCAAAAUCAUGCGGUUAAACGCAAUCAAGUCGCAGAUUCUGAGUAAGCUGCGCAUGAGAGAGGCACCCAACAUCAGCCGUGACACGGUGAACCAGCUCCUGCCCAAAGCGCCGCCGCUGCAACAACUUCUCGACCAGUACGACGUGCUGGCAGACGACAGUAUGGAUCCUGUUGCAGAGGACGACGACGAGCAUGCAACCACGGAGACUAUUAUGUUGAUGGCUACAGAACCUGAAUCCGACGUUCAGGUGGACAGAGAGCCCAGGUGUUGCUUUUUCUCUUUUGCUCAAAAGUUUCACGCCAGCCGCAUCGUGCGCGCGCAGCUGUGGGUGCAUCUGCGCCCGGCGGACGAGGCGACCACCGUCUUCCUGCAGAUCUCCCGUUUGAUGCCGGUCACGGACGGAAACAGGCACAUUGUGCGUAUCCGCUCCCUGAAGAUCGACGUGAGAGCCGGGCUCAGCUCUUGGCAGAGCAUUGAUGUGAAACAAGUGUUGGCUGUGUGGGUUCGGCAGCCUGAAACCAACUGGGGCAUCGAGAUCAACGCCUUCGAUUCCAGGGGAAAUGACUUAGCUGUCACCUCAGCAGAACCGGGAGAGCAAGGACUGCAACCGUUCAUCGAGGUGAAGAUUUCAGAGGGGCCCAGGCGUGCCAGGAGAGACUCGGGCUUGGACUGCGACGAGAACUCCCCAGAGUCCCGUUGCUGCCGCUACCCGCUCACAGUGGACUUUGAGGACUUCGGUUGGGACUGGGUUAUUGCCCCAAAGCGCUACAAGGCCAACUAUUGUUCUGGGGAGUGUGAGUACAUGCACUUGCAGAAGUACCCGCAUACCCACCUGGUGAACAAGGCCAAUCCCAAGGGCACUGUAGGUCCCUGCUGCACACCCACGAAAAUGUCGCCCAUCAACAUGCUCUACUUUAACCCCAAAGAGCAAAUCAUCUACGGUAAAAUCCCCUCCAUGGUGGUGGACCGUUGCGGUUGCUCUUGAGGUGGGACAGAAAGCUUCUCAAGAGAAAGAAGAUGGAGGAGCUGCGUUCAGUCAAACACCUCCAACCUAAGACUAUUACAACCAAUCCAUCAAUUCCAGUGUUUUCCUGUAGACCAUGAUGCACUAGAACCACAGUAUAGAGGCAGCAGUCGCCCUAAAUUUCCUGCAGUGCAGUGCUUUUUUUUCUUCUUUUACCCUGGUACAAUUUUCUUUAUCUUCAACCAGAUCAUAGAUUUAAAAUCUUCAUGGAUACAGGAACAUGAUUUAUUCAGCAGGAAACAUGGAGAGAUGAUAAAUCCAAAAACAUCUUGUCCAUCUUCCUUUUGCUUUGUUUUCUGCACUUUAUGUAGAUAAACAUGCAGUUUUAUGUUGGUACAUCAUCUUUUUAGUCAUAACCAAGACAAUUUUUAGACUUUAUUAUGAUUUUUAUUUUUUUUAAAGGUUGAAUUAUCAGACAAAAGUUAGGAAAAUACGAUUUAUUUAAAACAUGAAUUUCGGAUUUAAUUCACAUUACAUUUCCCUCCCCCUGGUUGAUUGCUGAUAAAUCCUCAGCUGCAAUACUAAAAUUUUUAAAAUUCCUUUUCAAGUUUUCUAAAUGUGUUGCUUGACAUCCUGAAUUUGGGAGACGAUCACUAUUGUUCCUGGAUGAAGUUCCACCCUUUGACAGGUUGUUGCACACCCAACCAAGAAGCACGUCCACCAUAUCCAACAGAAAAGCCUGACCUACCCGACGCACUUGAAUUAUUCUUGUAAACUCACCUUACUGGACAGAAGGACUUGAACUGAAGGCAACGUGAAUGCAGCCUACAAAUGAAGAUGUGUUAAAGACAGAGGGACAGUUGUCGAGAUGAUCUGACGCGGAGGGCGAGCUUCAAACUCUGUCUUACAAACAACACAGUUUGCACUAUGGCACACCAAUAAAGUGAAAUUGGUGGCUACAAAAGAUGUAAAAACUGAUUUUGAUAUGUUUGCUAAUUUUUAUUAUACACAUAUGUAUAUAGACGCAUACAUAUAUGUAUGUAUAUGUCUAUAUAUGCUUCCAUGUACACAAUGUUUUCCAUUAGGAGUGGUCUUUCAAAGCCACUGAUGGUGAAAUGUAUAAAAACCACAGUAAUAAAAGAAAAAAAAUGUAGUACAGCAACUCUAUAUAUACUUGUUUUAACAAAUAAAGUCUCUAGCCUAUU